CCAGUAAAGACGAAGAGGCGAGUUCGGGCUCAAGUGCAUGAAUACGGAAGCACAAGGUCUAGACCUAUUUUUUGCUGCGAGAUGGUUGCAAACAAUAUGCGAAUCGUCGCCAUCGUCGACGCAUCCUUCGAAGAGCAGAUCCAGGAAGUAGCAGCGUUCUUCUCUCGCUCGCGGCCAGAAGCCGAGCGUGACGAGUUUAUUGCUUCGUUCCAGCCCAAGAGCAGCGCAGCAUCAGCCGAAUCAACAGCAGCAGCGGAAGCCAAAGAUGGGAGUGAGCAGCCCAAGGAGGACGCAGCGCAGCAGGUUCCGCUGGACGAGCGACGGGCGCUCAUAGAGAAGUUGGUCGCUGAGAUCAAGGAUGCCGGGGAAGGGAGCGACAAGGACGUGGAAGGCGCACACAACCUGCUUGUAUCUCUGAUCGUUGACGCGUUUGAGGGGGAGGAGGGCAAGGAGUCCGAGCUCCUGUCCAAGAUCAUCUCCGUGUUGAGCAAGACUGGGAGUGCGGAGAAGAACGCGGUCAAAUACCGAGUGCUGUCAAACAUCUUCAACUUCCUCCCCCCCACCUCGCCCCUUCGGUACACCACUUUUAACGCUCUUCUCACUUUUGCUGCGUCGAACGACGAGCUCGAGCUGGUGUCACCCUCGCUCUUGCUCCUCCCGCAGUGGCUCGCUCAGUGGCAGAUCAGCGAGGCGCAAAAGGAGCAAUGCCUCGCCUCUGUCUCCAAGGUUCUCAACGAGAACGGCGGCGACGGAGAGGACCAAAAGAAGGCCUAUGGCUUCCAACUACUCUACCUCCGGUUCCUCUCCUCGCAGCAGACGUCCGUGGAAAAGGCCAAGGAGGUCGCCGAAAAGGUGAUCGCAGAUGCGAUCCGGUUGCCAUCCAUCUUCGACUUUGAAGAGCUCGCGCAGAUCCCGGCGGUACAGGCUUUGAAGGGGUCACCCGCCGGCGAUUUGCUUGCCAUCUUGACUGAGGGAAGUGCUGCAGACUUAAAGACUUGGCUCGGAAACAACAAGUCGGAGGCACAAAGGCUGAAUAUUCCUGAAGCGGAGCUUGACCGGAAAGCCAGGCUUCUGGACCUCGCGGGGUUGUGUGCUCAGAGCGUUUCUAAGGAGAUUACGUACGAGCAGAUCGCAAAGACCGUAGGUGUCAGCGAGGAAGACGUCGAGCUAUGGGUCAUUGAUGUCAUUCGCGCCGGCCUUGUGUCUGGCAAGCUGUCGCAAGUCAACAAGAGCUUCCGCGUCUACCGGUCUACGCAUAGGACUUUUGGUAAGGAGCAGUGGCACGCGCUCGAGGAACGUCUGGUUGAAUGGCAGUCGGCCAUCAGCAACAUUCUCGGCACGCUCAGCAAGGCACGACCCGCCGCGGCGGCAAGCGCCUCUGCCACCAAAGGCGCACCGGCUCCCGGGCAAAACGCUGCGUCGAACGGCGAGCGCAUUUCUGUAGCAUAGCUGCGUCGCAUACAUAAUGGGACGCCAUGUCUUGGGAGGAAGUUGGG